CGGAAGCUGCUGCAAUAUAUUGUCUUGAAAAUAUAAGUGAACAUCUGUUGAAAGAAGGAGAUUCAUUUAUGAUUGUUGAUUGUGGCGGCGGUACGAUUGAUUUGACGGUUCGCACUCUUCUCCCCGGUUCGAAAUUAAGCGAACUCACAGAAAGUACUGGCGGUUUUUGCGGAUCUACAUAUAUCGAUAAAGAAUUUAAAAAGUUUCUUGCUCGUAAAAUCGGAUUGUCUGCUUAUCAAUUGUUAGAGGAGAAGCACUAUCCUCAAUUACAAUAUUUGGUUCAAUAUUUCUGUACACAAGUAAAGCUUCCGUUCGAUGGCAUUGAAAGAAGCUGGCGGAAUAAAGAAAUUGAUCUUGAAGAAGUUUGUCCUGUUCUUUUGCAAUACGUUAAAGGAGAGGAAAGAGAUAUAUUAGAAGAAUCAGAAUGGAUGAUAGAAUUGGAUUUUUUAUUAGUUAAAUCAUUUUUUGAUAGUGUUGUCGGGCAAAUUAUUAAUCUUAUUCAUCGACAGAUAUCAAAAUCAAGAAAGAAUAUUUCAGCAAUAUUUUUGGUCGGUGGUUUUUCGGAAUCCAAAUAUUUGUUGCUUAAAAUUCGAAAUGAAUUCAAUGCGCGGAUUCCUUAUAUUUCUGUACCUUCUGGUCCAAUUGCUAGCAUUGUGAGAGGAGCUGCCCUUUAUGGUCUUAAAAUGGAUACAAUUAAAACUCGCGUUCUCAGAAAUACUUAUGGUAUUAGAAUGCUGCGUGAUUGGACCCCUAAUGAUCCGGUUUCGAGAAUUAUAAUGAUAGAUUCGGAAAAAAGGAUUUGUUACUUUGAAAGGUUAGCUAAAAAGAGCACUGAAGUUCCAGUCGAUCAAGAAUUCAAAAAAAAAGUUUGUCCGGUGUAUAAAAAUCAGUCUAAGGCUAGUUUCAUGAUCUACACAACUAAGGCUGAUGAUGGAAAAUACUGUGAAGACCCAGGAAUGGAGCUUUUUGGAACACUUGAUUUGGAAAUUCCUGAUGUUCACCUUGGUCUUGGUCGUCCAUUGGAAUUCACUUUAACUUUUGGUCAAAUGGAAACGCGUGCUUUUGCGAGGGCGAUCAUGUCGGGAAAAACGUCUCAGGCGACUUUUAAAUUAGAGUUAUAA